AUGUAUCCAUUUGAUGAACAAUCAACAGAACCCGAUGGCUUGGAUCAGAUUCAACAUUUCCACGAAUUGAAUCUGUUUUUCCUGAAAAAGCAUCACUUGAGUAAUGAAAACAUUUCAAACGAUGACAAAACAAAUAGUAGUUCCCAAUCGGAGACAUCAUCGACAACACUGAGCGUCGCACAGGAAGCUCAUCGACCUCAGAGUCCAACAACGUCUCCCAGUUCUCCAAAUAAUGAAAGUCAAACCAGCAGUACAUGUAUAUCGACGACAAACCAAUUAAAUGAUGAGUUCGAUGAUCUGCAUAUGGAAGAGCUUAACAAUAAGCUAAACAAUGUUUGUCCCACUUCUUCAUCUUAUAGUACCAAUGAUGGCACACAGCCAUCGUCUUCAUCAUCGGCAUCAUCGGGAACGGGAUGUGAUAUUAAUGUCAACAACAACAGUAGUGGUGGUGGUAAUCAACUAUCACUAACUGAAACUCAACAACAAUUAUUAAUAAGACGUUCGUCGAGCUGUAGUUAUGACAAAUCAUCGGCGGCUGAUGUCGUCAUACCAGUUGUCGGUGACGACUCUUCGUCGACCUCGUCGUCAUCGACAUCCACAUUGGGUAUCAUCUAUAAGAAUAAUAAGAAGAAGAAGAAUACGCCAAUAGUUUCAUCGAUGCCUUCCGUACUAAAGAUUGAUUCAAUGUCUACAACAACGACGAUAACCACACCAUCGAUAGCAACAGCAACAACACCGUCGCCGACCACUACCGCCAACACCACUACAACUACAACUACUAGUAUAUCGACCACUUGUAGCGAUUCGGGUGCUUAUUAUACUACAAGCAGUAGCGGAUCCAAUGCAUCCAAUAGUAGUUCAUCGACUAAUAAUAAUAAUAAUAAUGCUAUUAAACCCGAUGGCUUGGAUCAGAUUCAGUAA